AUGACUUCUAUUUUCUGCCUUAGGGUUACUAUUAAUUUUGUUGAGCGUGAUGGUGAAGUAGUCAGUGUCAAAGCUAAACUUGGAGAGACGCUACUCGAUGUUGCAAAAGAUUACGAUAUUAGCCUGGAAGGUGCUUGUGAAGGAACUUUAGCGUGCUCGACAUGCCAUCUCAUUCUUAAACCAGAAAUAUAUGAAACUUUACCUGAACCAACUGAUGAAGAAUUGGAUAUGUUGGAUUUAGCUUUCGGACUUAGUGAUACAUCCCGCCUAGGAUGUCAAAUUACUAUUACCCAAGAAAUGGAUAAUAUGACAGUAGAAGUUCCUAAGGAGUCUUACGACGUGCGACAGUAA